GAAGCACGAACACAAACACGAACACAAACACGCGGUCGUGACGGAGCAGCGAUUCAUGACUGGUGUGUGUGAGAGUGUGUGUUGCGUGAUGCAGCCGGAGCAGAUGCUGGAGGCUCCAGGGUUCAGGCAGAGGCUGCUGGAGGCGUUGAGUCGAGGCAGACGACAGAAGUACUGCCUCCCUCUCACGCAUAUCCCACCCGCAUCCUUCUGCAGAGGAGAGGAGGACAGCGAGCUGCUCUCUUUCGUCACAGCCUCCUCCCUCGCUCUGCUCUCCUCCUCCUUCUCAUCAUCCUCAGAGAGCGAAAGCACGUCGAGCGGCCGCUCGCGCAGACGCAGACCGUGGAGCCGUCAUGGCGUGAGAGAGCCGCUCAUCAUGGGCAAUCAGGACGGAAAGCUGAAGCGCUCGGAAGCAGGAGGCGCGGCGGAUGAGAGCGCGGCUCACGACGGCACAAAGAAAGGGAAGAAAUCACGAGGGGAGGGAGGGAAGAAGAAAAACAAAUCCGACAGAUCCUCGGUGUUCCCUCACAUACGCAAGCGCAAGAACCAGAGCAAGGCUAAAAGCUUCCCGAGCGGAUCCAAAGAGGAUGCAUCGCUGGAUGAACUGGACAGCGCUCCGUCGCUGUGCAAUAAGACACCCGAUCUCUCCGGAGAUGAGCUCGGACAUUCGGACGCCGAGCCCGAGCAUCCUCGUCUGCAGGAGGAGGAGAAGAAGGUGGCGAGCUCCGGAUCCGACACGGAUAUGUACAGCUUCCACUCGGCCGUGGAGCAGGAGGAUUUGCUGGCUGACAUCCAGCAGGCCAUCCGUCUGAAGCAGGGCGUGAUGCUCGAGAUUCCCUGGGAUUGUAAACAAACCCGAAACACUCCCACCCCCGACUCGGAGCCCUUCACCGUGCUGGAAGCCAUUCCUAAGCCAGAAAACAUGCUUGUUAGUGCACCGCGCCUCCCUGAGGAGGAGGAGGAGGAGGAGACGGCUGUGAACGGACACUUUGUUGCCCUUUGUGUUCCGGUCGCCGUGGAAACGGUCACAAAAGAGCCUGAGGCCCCCCCUCCUCCUCCUCCUCCUCCAGUGGUUGCUACAGCAACCAGCACCACCAGCUUCCCCGACCUCACUGCUUCAUUUGAAAGCGCCGUGGAGGCCAUCGAAGAUGAUGAUCCUGACGUUCCCAGCACGGAUACGUUGUCUGACGCCGACGGGCUCGGGUCCACGGGCUCACUGGAGUGUCUCACCAUCAUCGAGCCGCCCGAAGAGCCUGCCACGUUCAUCCAGAGGCGCAAGAGCAGCGUGACACUCCCGCAGGAGAGUCCUCUAGCCACGCGGCUGCUGAAGCCUGCGGUCAAGCCGUACCCGCCCAUCAACACGUCCUACAUCAAAACCACCACGCGGCAGCUGAGCUCGCCCUCCUGCUCGCCCGCGCCGUCCCCAGCCCACAGCCCGCUCUUCACACGCGCUCGGGCCAAGAGGAGACGCGUCACGCGCCAGCGCUCCUACAGCAUCACCGGCCCCAUCAGCCGCUCCGCAGACUGGACCGAGCAGCUCCGCACGCUCCCGCCGAAAGCGGCCGGGUCAGCUGACUCGCUGGAGUACGGCGGCUCGGAGGGAACACUCAGGACACAGUGGGCGUCUGCGACCCAGGCCUCCACCUGCAGCAGCUUCCAGGAGGUUUUCACGGGCCGGACGCUGUUGGAGCGCUUCUUCCAGCAGCAGGACUCCGGAGAGCCAGAGGAGGCCGAGAAGCUGUGCUCCAGGAUCCUGGCCAUGGGCCUCCUGCUGCCCUUCAGCGACUGCUUCAGAGAGACGUACAGCAGCAGCGGACAGGUCACACCCAAGUUUGACCACGAUCAGCUGUACACAUGGGCAGCCGUCAGUCAGCCGCCUCCGUCUCUGGAGCAUCUGGAGGGACACCUGAAGAACCUGUGGCCCCUGACCAGACCAGGAGCCGAGGACCGGCCCCAACCCAAAUACACCGAGGAUGCGGUUGAGGAGCAGGAGGAGCAUCAGGCCGUCGUCUCGGACCUUAAGAAACAACAGGAGGAAGAAAUCCGGCUAAUUCAGGAGGAGUCGGUGAUAAAGACGGUGCAUCUGAAGCAGGAGCACGUCUGCGUGAUCGAGCAGCUGGAGCAGACCAUCGAAGACCUGCGCAGUAAGAUCGCCGAGCUGGAGAAACAGCAGCCCCUGCUGGAGCGGGAGGUGCUGCUGACGCAGGACCAGGAGUGCGGAGCAGAGGAGCGCCUCCUCCCGGACGUCUGCCAUGUAGACCUGCAGACGGAGAACACUGCACUGCUGCCGCUGGAGGCCAAAUCGGUGCAGACGUCUCCUAUGGACGAGAGCUUUAGGUUUAAAGUGCCUCCUGUGGAGGCGCAGGGGCCCGGGAGGAGCGACUCCUCGCUGCCCUCAGAAACUGAGACUGCUUCUCAAGCGUUUGUGUGCAUGUGCCAGCAGCAGCCGGGCGCUUCGGUGCCUCCUCCACCACCUCCUCCUCCACCCGGGAUGGGUGCACCUCCUCCUCCACCUCCACUUCCAGGAAUGAGCGCUCUUCCUGCACCUCCUCCUCUCCCAGGCAGUUCACUUCUUCCUCCGCCACCUCCUCUCCCGGAAAUGGGUGCACCUCCUCCUCCGCCUCCUCUCCCGGAAAUGGGUGCACCUCCUCCUCCGCCUCCUCUCCCGGAAAUGGGUGCACCUCCUCCUCCGCCUCCUCUCCCGGAAAUGGGUGCACCUCCUCCUCCGCCUCCUCUCCCGGGAAUGGGUGCACCUCCUCCUCCUCCUCCGCCUCCUCUCCCGGGAAUGGGUGCACCUCCUCCUCCUCCUCCGCCUCCUCUCCCGGGAAUGGGUGCACCUCCUCCUCCUCCUCCGCCUCCUCUCCCGGGAAUGGGUGCACCUCCUCCUCCACCUCCACCUCCUCUCCCGGGAAUGGGUGCACCUCCUCCUCCACCUCCUCUACCAGGUGUAUCUGCACCUCCUCCUCUACCAGGAUCAGCACCACCUCCUCCUCCAGGUCCUCCGCCGUUGGCUCCUGGUCCUCCCCUGGCUUUCGGUUUGGGUUCUCUGCCUCCUCCGCUCCCGCUGGGUCUGUACGCAUUAGGAGCGGCGCAGGAGAAACCUCCUCGCAAAAGCCUGGUGGAGCCGCCGAGACCCAUGAAACCGCUGUACUGGACUCGCAUUCAGCUGCACACCAAAAAGGACUCUCAUUCUGUCGUAUGGGAGAAGAUCGAGGAGCCAUCCAUGGAUUUUGAGGAGUUUGUCGAACUGUUCUCCAAAACAGCAGUGAAAGAGAAGAAGAAGCCUCUUUCAGACACCAUCAGCAGGUCAAAGACCAAGCAGGUGGUGAAGCUGCUGAACACCAAGCGUUCUCAGGCCGUGGGGAUCCUGAUGUCCAGUUUACAUCUCGACAUGAAGGACAUUCAGCACGCGAUCCUGAAUCUGGAUAACACUGUGGUUGAUCUGGAGACGUUACAGGCACUCUAUGAGAACAGAGCCCAGAAAGACGAGCUGGAGAAAAUCGAGAAAAACAUAAAAUCCUCAAAAGACAAAGAAGCAAGCAAACCUCUGGACAAACCUGAACAGUUUCUCCAUCAGCUCUCCCAGAUUCCUGAUUUCUCCGGACGAGUCUUCUGUAUUCUCUUUCAGUCGACCUUCACUGAAUGCAUCUCGUCUGUUCAGCGCAAACUCCAGAUUCUGCAGAGAGUCUGCAAGACUCUUCAGAGUGGCUCUGGAGUGCUGCAGGUUCUCGGUUUAGUUUUGGCCUUUGGGAACUUCAUGAACGGAGGGAAUCGCACCAGAGGUCAGGCGGAUGGCUUCACGCUGGACAUUCUGCCCAAACUCAAGGAUGUCAAGAGCAGCGAUAACAGUAAGAGUCUGCUGUCAUAUAUCGCCUCUUACUACCUGAGACACUUUGAUGAGGACGCGGGCAGGGAGACGUGUGUGUUUCCUCUCCCAGAACCUCACGACCUGUUUCAGUCCUCUCAGAUGAAGUUUGAGGACUUAACUAAAGAUCUGCUGAGACUCCGGAAAGAUCUGAGAGCAUGCACUGCGGAGGUGGAGAAGGUGUGCUCGGUCUCGACUGAAGAGCAUCUGCAGCCCUUUAAAGACAGAAUGGAGGCGUUUGUGAGUGAAGCAAAAGCGGAGCUGGAAAGUCAAGAGAAGCAACUCGGUGACACUCACAAAAUGUUCCUGGAGCUCUGCGUGUUCUUCUCAGUGAAGGCCAAGAGCGGAGAGAAAGAGGUUUCGCUCAACACCUUCUUCUCCGUUUGGCACGAGUUCUCCACCGACUUUAAAGACUACUGGAAGAAGGAGAACAAGAUCAUCCUGCAGGAGAGGCUGAAGGCGGCGGAGGAGAGUUUCCGGCAGGUCAAAGAAAAAGCCACAUACAGCGUCAAACCCAAACAUGCGUCUGGAAUCAAAGCAAAGCUGGGCAUGAAGAUCUGAGGCGGAUGUGAACUGACAGACGGACGCUCUUGUGCCGUUUCAUCUGUAAAUCGCUCUCGCAGCAGCUUCAGUGUUAUCUGCCGUACCACACAGGAAGUGAUCCGCCGUCUGAAUGUGAUGUCAUAUCCUGUGUCCUGACGGAUGAACAUAUCAGACGUUUGCUCCACCGUACAUACUGGAGGACUGAAGCAAUAUCAU